AAGGGACACCUUCUGGGCGGAUCAGUGCUAUCAAUGCAGCUGGGCAGCCACUGGACUGCAUGCAAGAGCACCGCCGCCGCCGCGUUGCAUUUGGAUCCACUAUUUUCCGGCGCCGACUCUCCGUGAGCGCAUCGUUGAUUUCGAAGUUUCGCGAUUCCAUCAUCAGGCCCAGGAACCGGAGCAGUCCGCGACGACAACAGUGACAUUCUUUUCGAGAACUCAAGUCGCAAAUCGGUGAAAAUGGUUUUCAUCCUAGGAGUCAACUUUUCCGAGGCAAAGCUGGUGAAGAAAGCACUCGAGUCUUUCUUCGCUCUCGGACCCACCACAUCCUCCCGCAUUCUGGCCAAAUACUCCAUCUCCCCCAUGUCCAAAGUCGGCGCCCUGCCACCGAAAACCGUUACGGCCCUCACGGCAGAGCUGUCGACCAUGACGAUAGAAAGCGAUGCGCGGAAGGUUAUACAACAGAACGUCAUGAGACUAAAAGAUAUGGGAAGCUACCGAGGAAGAAGACACGCCAUGAACCUCCCCGUCAGAGGACAGCGGACGAGGACCCAGAUCGAGUCGGCCAGGAAGCACAACAGUGCGAACAGACGACGGUAAGCCCCCUACGUGGUGGCUGUCGACUUGGUAUUUGGAGAGUGAAGGGGUUGAUUCUGAGGUGGUUCUCACUGGGUGACCAUCAAAUGUACAAGAUAGACGGGUCCGUGGUGUGCCCAAACAUGUAUGACUAUGAAAAAUUAUACCACUUGUACCAUCAAAA